AUGCUUUCCCCUACAAACGACGAGGCCUCAGAGGAAUCUCGUGAAUCGGAGGCAAGCGAGGUGGACUUACGGCAAUCAAUUUAUGAAUCCCUCCGGCAACUUAUAAAGCCAGGCAUGGAUGUUCUCAUUGAUGGUCUCCAAAGCAAGCCAGAGCUCAAUCUUACAACAGGCAAAGUGGUAUCUUGGAGCAAACAGACCAAACGUUGGGCCGUGAAACCUGGAGAUGGCAAAGCCAUUCUUCUCCGUGCACAAUGCCUUCUUCCCAUCUUUCCGCAACAGGAUGAGACACAACUGAGAACGUUGAUGGCACAAACGGCUCAAGAGACUCAAAGCGGCGCAAUGCGAGCCAUGAUGUUUGGAAACGAUAGGGAAACAGCUUGGAAGAUCAUAGGAAGAGGAUACCAGAUCUGUCCAUUUCUGAUUUUGGAUCCAGCCUUUGAGAUCAAUGAUGCUUUUACAAGCCGCCCAAAGCUCGUGGAUUUCGCGCGUCUGCUGCAGUGCCCCGUCUCGAAGCAUGGUGACUACUGCAUUGUAUGCAGAAUCAACAAUGCAUUGGAACGUUCGGUGCCAAGCUACGUCCCGACAUCGAGCAAUAAUGUGAUUUAUUGCAUUGAAGAUCACGAGAAGUUUGAAGAAGACGAGAUACCGACUGUCCAUUGGUUCCUUCUCCUGAUGCAACUUGACUGCGAGAACUGGCUCGGGCCAUGA